AUGGCCUAUUGUCUGCCACUACUAUUAGACUUGAGAACAAAAAUGUUGCUAUGCACCUAUAGGCUUUUAUUCAGGGUGGAGCUGCUACAUCAACAGGACGCAAAAUCAUGGCUGUACCAUCAAGUUUGGCGACACAAACCCAUAAAGAACUGUCUGUCAGCAACUGUCAGGAGCAGGAGUCUCCGAGGGUCACAUUUGGUGGAAAGGGACGAAGAAAAGGACGGUUUGAUGGUCUAAGGGGUGUUACCGUGUCAGAUAAAGGGGAAAUCUUUGUGGCAGACAGCGGGAACCAAAGGAUCCAAGUCUUCACCUUGAAGGGAAGAUUUGUCCGACAGUUUCCAACAGUGGUGUCAUUUGAACAGGAGAUGUACCCACUUGACGUAGCCACAGAUAAGGAGGGAAACCUGUGGGUGGUGGGAGAGACCAGGCCUGCUGAUUUUGCCGUGCAGUACUCCAGACGGGGCAGGGUACUGAGGAAGAUUGACCUGAGGUAUACAGGGGAUAGAUCAUCUGGAGGAGUUGCCGUGGACACCAGGAGGAACCACAUCCUUGUUACACAAACCAUACGGGACUGGAAAACACAUGGUGAAGUGCAGGUCUUAAGGCCAGAUGGGACAUGUGUGAGAACUGUGGGGCGUUUCCAGGGCAUGAAGGAUCCACAGUACAUAACUGUUGAUAGGCGAGGUAACAUUAUUGUGUCAGACGUCUGCACACACUCUGUUUAUGUGUACAAGAAGGACGGCCAGUUUCUGUUGAAGUUUGGAGAUGAAAGUCUGCUGAAGCACUACAUCUAUGGCAUCUGUACAGACAGGUCAGGUAAUAUCAUUGUUGCCGUGUCACCUCAGGAUGCCUCCAGUGGACGUGUGGACAUGUUUGAUAAGACAGGCAGAUUUGUCAGACACAUCACUACAGACAUGAGGCUGCCAUGGACUGUUGCCAUGGCAACACAGGGGCAGCUGGUGGUGACUGAUUAUGACAGGAACACAGUCAGCAUCUUUACAACUACUGAACCUGAGUAAGGUGAUACGUGAACUAUUGUCAAUCUGUAAAGACACAGAGCAAGUGUCAGUGUUACGUUGGUGAAGGUUACUCAUCCAGGAAUACGAUAAAUAGAUGAAGCUGUUUAGUCUUUUCCAACUGGAUAAUUGAAAGUUC